AUGAUUCGGGUUCUAAUCCAGGAUUGUCACCUUCGACUGCGCAAAUACAAGGCAACAAUCGAGGAAGAACGAACAAAGUGCUCACGGAUCCUUGGAGAAUUGCUGACAAACGAUCUUUACCGUAGCAUUUCUCUCAGUGCCAGUCGCAUUCGCGAUGCGCGUGAAGCCCAACUGAAGCAGACGUUGACCACAUUAAGUGAAAAGAAUCCAAACCUCUGCCAUUAUAAGGUUGUGCACAACCUCUCUUCCAAACAACUGACAGCAGAGCAGAUGAAAUUGCUGAGUCAUGAUACCUGCUUCAAUACUACGGAUGCCCAACCACUUGACUUCAUCGCCGCUGCGGAAUCUGUCAUUCGCGAAGCUCCAAUUACUGAAGAAAACAGGAAUCUGCUACGACAGCGAAUAUCCUCCAGACUCAUGUCCCACAAGCAACGCAAGACACUUUCAAAAGCAGAAAACGAAGCACUCCGGACGUUAAAGGCUGAAAAAAGCAUUGUCAUACUCCCAGCCGAUAAAGGACGAUCGACGGUUGUAAUGAACAAAGAGGACUACACCAACAAAGUCGAUGAACUUUUGGGCGACAAAACUGCCUACAUUCCUCGUGAAGGCGACACGACGAAGACGCUAAUAAGCGAAAUCAGUAAGGACCUAUCGAGUCUUCGGAAGUCAAAAGCAAUAACACAGCUUGACUGGUUGAGGAUGAAACUAAAGGAUUCAGCGAUCGCGAGAUUGUAUGGUCUGCCCAAGGUCCAUAAACCAGGAACUCCCCUACGGCCGAUUGUUUCUCUAAGAGGCACCCCAACGUUUGGCCUGGCCAAGUGGCUGUUCCAGCGUCUGAAAUUUCUAACCCAGGGUUCUGAAACAAGCGUCCACUCAGCCGAAAGAUUCAUCGAAAAGCUGCAAGGUAUACGACUCACAGAUGAAGUGAUGGUUUCUUUCGACGUGAUAUCACUUUUCACUUCCAUCCCACAGCAUCUGGCGGUUGAAACCCUGCAAACCUUGUUGGAAGAACAAUAUGACGAAACGGACAAGAAACUGAAGAUAAAACACCUUAUUGAUCUCCUGAAGCACUGCUUGAAGACUUUCUUCACCUUCAACGGAGCUGUGUACGAACAUGUUAAAGGUACACCCAUGGGGUCGCCGUUUUCCGGCUUGAUUGCUGAGGCAGUGUUACAGCGACUCGUGGCACUGGCUUUCGACCACAAUCGACCACGACUGUGA